AUGCCGGACGGGAGAGGCGCCACCCUGCUCGAGGACCUGCCCGAGGAGAUCAUCAACAACAUACUCGUCCGGCUGCCGUCCAAGGACGUCGGCCGCUGCCGCGCUGUCAGCGCGUCGUGGCGCAACUCCACCUCCACGCCCGAGUUCAUGCUCCGGCACCACCGCCGCCAGCCGUCGCUCCCCAUAAUGGAUGGCCGGGGGAUGGUCGUCGCACUCGGUGCUGGCGCGCUCUGGCCCUUCCUCCCAGGCGCCAAGCACCGUGACGAGAUUCGCCUCAGAGGCGCCUGUGACGGCCUCCUCGCCGUCUCUCGGGGAUCCCGAUCGUACCUCUGCAACCCGGUCAUCCGCAAGCAAGCUCUCCUGCCACAGCCUCAAGACAUGAUCGGUACUGGGCAAGACAUCGAAAGCAAAAUAAUCGGUUUCUACCAGCACCAUCCAACCGGAGAACUCAGGGUGCUCUGGAUCUCGAAACACUUGCAUGCAUACAAUUUGUAUAUCCUCACGGUAGGAUGUGACAGGCCGAGACACGUGGGACUGCGAACCGCGUCAUCGUCUCCCAUGGAAGAUAAGCCACUCAACGUCUUGUUCCGUUCUGGCCAUUUUCCAAUAGUCGACCACGGCAACCUGCACUGGCAUCCCGAUGUGACGGGCAUCCAAGGUCAGCUUAUUGUGUUCGACACUGAAGCCGAGUCGUUCCGGUGGAUGCGCUUCCCCACACAGCUAUGCUACAAUCUUAAGCUCUUCAGCAUGAAGGGGAGCCUUGCUGUCUCGGGUAGCUCUUGUUGCACGUACACCGUUGUCGAUGUUUGGGUGAUGCAGGAUUACCAGGCUGAAGUCUGGGCUUUCAAGUACCACAUCGACCUAUCAGUCGUGGAGUCAUCAAGACAACUUUAUUUAACUUCUUUCGAAAACGAAAAUGAAAGGAAACCACCACUUGAUUCACUGGUGAAAUGGAUCAAUGAUAUGGACGUGCUUAAUGAGUGUGAGCUGCUGAUCAUGUGUAGUCGAAAACAAGUUCUGCGCUGCGGCGUCGAUGGCAAGUUCUUAGGAAUGGUGAACAUUGGGGAGAGUAAUGGUAUGGAGCUUACUCAGCUUCGCCUAGAAGAGAGCAUUGUUCCGCUGCUGUACCAUGCCAUGCAAGGAGAAGAGGAGCCAUUCUCCUCACAGCAUGUCUGA